AUGUGGAUAGAAAAGGACACGAGAGAAAAUUGCACACAUGGUGGAGCUUUAAGUAAGCAGGUGAAUAAUGAUAUUGAAACUUUAAAAAAGAGAAAUAAUUUUUUAUGUAACAACAAAAGUAGGAACAUUUUUUCAGAAUCGAUAAGAACAAAUUCCGGGGAAAAUUUGAGUAAAUACAGUAAAAAUGAUUCUCCAGUAGGUGUGGACCAGAAAAAGGAUAUGAAAGCAAGAUAUGAUUCCUCUAAUAAUACUAUCGUCACGUCAAAUAUCUUUGAGGAAGGUUUAUCGAAGAAGUGUAUGAAUAGAUCGAUUAAUUUUAAUAGCACAAAUACAUGUAAGAGAACAAACGAGUCUGACAAAAGUUAUGAACAAGAUAAAUUAAAAGAAAAAUUUUACCUGAACAGCAAUAAAAAUAAAACUAUGUUCAAUAGUACUAAUCUAGGAAAAGGAAAAAAAUUAGAUUUUCUGAAUAAUGUAAAUGAUGAAAUGGUAGAAAAAUCUACCCAAAAUUUUGACAAUAUGAAAAGUAAAAAUUCGUAUAAUAUGAACCCAAAUUAUUAUAAAAAUACACAAUACCUAAACAACAGUUCGAUUUAUAAUGACAGUAUCAUAAAUAACAAGACUGUACUUUGUCAAGAUUACGCUGAUAUGAAAGAGCUUCACAUGGAGGUAGAAGACCUGCACAAGCUAGAUUUAGGAAGAGGUGUCGUAAAGCAUAAUGAUAGUGUAAUAAAGGGAGACUCACAUUUCACCUUAACAAGUAAUAAAAAAGGCAUAUUCUCAUAUACAAAAUCUUCACCUAGCAAACUUCACACAAAAAGAGGAAUGGAAGAAACGGAGAGGGAAAUUUUACAUAAAGAGAAAGAGAGUAAUUACCAAAACAGUGUGAACAGUAGCAGUAAGAAUAAUUUUUUAAGAAUGAAGGAGUUUAUUCGUAAGGACGUGCCGCGCAUUAUAAAAAAUACAGUAGAUAAUAAUUUGUCCAAAAAUAUAGACAAGAGAGUGCAAGAUGCUAUAGAGCAAAAGAUAAUGCAUUUUGUUGAAAAUAAUUUAUUCAGUAUUAUGGAAAAGAAUGCUAACAAUCUAAAUAGUUCUUAUACUUAUGAAAAAAUAAAUGAAUGUAUUAACAAUGAAAUAAAGAAGAACAUAGAUAUGGCAUAUGAAAACAUAAAAGAAAAUGUUCAUAGGAACAUUAACGAGGAAAUAACAAAAAAUAUAUAUUCCUUAAAUAACACCUUGAAUGAAAAUAUAAACAAAGAAAUAGAAAAUAAUAUAGAAAGAAUAUAUAUAAAGGUGAAUGAAAAUGUGGAUGAUAAAUUAAAUACUCAGUUGAUUGAAAAUAUGACCAAUGUUCAGAAUAAUUUAUUUAAAAAUGUGAACGAUGAACUAAAAAGAAAAAUGGAAAUAGUUGGUAGUAAUAUAAAUAGCAAAGUAAAUGAAAACAUUAACAAAGAAUUAGUGAAAAAUAUAGAUUUUUUAAACAAGAAAAUAAAUGAAAAUAUACAUAAAGAGCUGACUAAAAAUAUGCAUAUACUUAACAGAAAUAUUGAUGAAAAUUUACAUGACCAAAUACAGAAAAAUACACAAAUUUUACUCAAAAGUGUGAAUGAAAAUUUAACCCAAGAAAUAAAAAAUAAUAUUAUUACUAUGCAGAAAAAUAUAGACAUCAGUUUGAGUGAAAAUUCAGUCGAAACAAGGAUUCAAAACAUGUAUGACCAUUCAAACAAAAACGUAAAUGAGGAAAUGAAAAAAAUAAUAGAAAUUACACAUGAAUAUGUGAAAGAAAGUAUUUCAAUGGAAGUUAAAAAAUGCAUCGAUAGGAUAAACAUUACAUCCGUAGAGGAAAAUUUAAAGGAGGAAUUAAAAAAAAGCAUGCAUAUGCUGGAAAAUACCUUCACUGCUACUGUGAAUAACAAGAUUGAAAAAACUUUUGAUGAUUUCAAUAGAAAUAUCAUCGAUAAUGAAAAUAAAAAAAAAAAAGGAAUUGAAGAUAUAAUAAUAGAAAAAAUGAAUUUCCUUGAAAAUAAUUUUACCUUACAUGUGCAGGAGAAAAUACAAAUUAAUAUGAACAAGUUGCGAGAAGAAGUAAUAGCUAGCUUAAAUGACGAAAUAAUAAAAAAAAAAAAAGAAAAAAAAAACAUAGAAAUAAUACAUUCCGAUAAUGUUUAUCAAAAAAUAAGUGAAGAUAUAAUAAAAAAUAAUGAAAUAAAAUAUGAUACCAUAGUUCACAAAACAAAUGAAUUCUUUAACACAUUAAUGAAGGAACAAAUGUUUCUAUCAAAUAAUUUUCAAAAAGAAAUGAAAUUAUUAAAGAAUGCAAAGACGAAUAACAAAAACAUUAGUGAAAUGGUAAAAACUUACUUAACCACGUUUCAAAAAAAAGUGUAUGACUCGGUGGAAGCAAACACGGUUCAGCUAAUAAACAUAAAUGAAUCGCUUUUAAAAAACAUGAACGGUCAUGCUUCAGCAGUAAAGAGGGAGCUUAACGAUCAUACUUUGGCAGUAACGAAGGAGCUGAUGGAGGUGUGCGCAAAUGUAAAAGAGAAAGUAUCAGUAGAAAUAAGUGAGCAAGUUGAAAAAACGAUUGCAAGUAUGAAAAGUACAAUGCAUGAUAGUGAGAGCAAAAUAGUUAAAACGUUAGUAAGUAUAAUUAAUGAAAACGCACAAAAAAUAAUGGACGACGGAAGGGAUGCACAAAAAAAGGACGAAACUGUAAAUAAAAUAUAUGAGUUAGUAAGCAAGAACAAUGAAUAUAUAACCAGUGUAGUACUAAAUAGAUUAGAGGAGGAAAAUAAAUACUCAACAAGUGAUAAUCAUGAAAAGAUUUUUUCAAAUUUACAUAGUGCAAUUACUAGUCAUUCUGGUAUAUAUCCUGACAUGUUAAGGCAAAAAGAAGAAAAGACAAGUGAUUAUUUAAAAAACAUGCACAAGGAAAUUAAUUCGAAAAUAAAUUAUGGAACUAAGUAUAUUUCAAAAAUUAUAGAAAACAAAAUGAACGAUGUUAUUAGGAGAAAUUGGAGGAUUAGAAAAUAUGAACAAAUAAGGAAAAAAGGGUUGAACAGAUUGGACAAAUCAGCAAUAGAUGAUAAAAAUGCUCAGGAAUAUUAUCAUAAGAAAGGUUCUAAAAUGGAAAGGAAAAAUGCACAUGGGCUUCAUAAAGAAAAGGAAGAAAAUAAUACAACACAAGUGGAAGUAGGAAAAAAGUGUUUUGGUGCACAUAAAGGCAUGAACUUAUCAAAAAGGUGGGCAGGUAAAAAAGUAAAUAUGCAAAAUGAAACUGCGCGGAGGAAGAGGCUGCCCGUAUAUAUAGUCAACUACUGGAAAAAUGAAAACAACGAGUUGAUAGAAGUUACUGAGUAUUUAAAACAAAGAACGACAAAGAGGGUUCAUAUGUGA